CCACAGCAAUUCUCAUCACUGACUGAAGUGCUCUUCCGCUUCCUGACAGAGCCCAAGGAGGUAGAAAGGUUUCUGACUCAGCUCUCUGACUUUGCCACCAUGAAUAAAAUCAGCUUGGGCCCCCUGAAAAAUAUUGUCAAAAGUAUUCUUCUGGUACCCAACGGUGCCCUGAAGAGGAAUUUGUCUUCGGAACAAGUCCGAGCAGAUUUUAUUGCUCUAGGCCUCAGUGAGGAGAAAGCCACUUACUUUGCAGAACAGUGGAAGGCGAAUUCCCCCCCCCUGACACGCCUGGCUGUUGGUCAGACGCUGAUGAUUAACCAGCUGAUAGAUAUGGAGUGGAAGUUUGGAGUGACUGCUGGGAGCAGUGAACUGGAAAAAGUGGGAAGUAUCUUCUUACAGCUGAAGCUGGUGAUUAAAAAAGGGAGUCAAAUGGAAAACGUGUAUAUGGAGUUAACUUUGCCCCAGUUCUACAGUUUUCUGCAUGAAAUGGAACGGAUCAAAACCAGCCUCGAAAGCUUCAGCUGA